AUGCGAUUUGGGUCCUACCAUGUUCAAUACUACCCUGGAUUCGUCAUGAACGAAUCCAAGCUUUUCUUCGAAGCGGAACAGUCGGACCUUCCUAGGCCGAAGAAAAACUACUGUCUUCAUGUGGAUGGAAUGGCCUUGAUGAUGGAUUACGGCCUCAAGCUUAUUCGCGAGUGGAAUAUGCCUAUGGAGAUUCGCCCUGUCUGGGUUGGAGAUCGUAAAUGUAUGUGCGCCUGGCUCCUGCCCCGCAACUACGGGACCACGCUUUUUCUCGAUUCCGAAUUUCAGGCGCGGCUCGCGAAAUUCAAGGAGGUGGCUCGAAUCCCAGGUCCUCCAAACGAGCAACCUAGAUGGCUGGCCCUUCGUGACGGCGACUUGCCCCAUACUUUCGUCCCUGGCAAGCGGUGGGCAGACGAGGCAUUUCGGAGCCAAAGUAUACAGGACACGCCGUUGUACUUGAAUUCGUGCGCAAACUGUGACAAGUCGGAUCCAUACGUGUGGGAGGAGGGUGGUGCGGUAGAUGAUGACCAAGAAGACGAAGACGAAGCCGAAGGAGAGGAUGUCAACUCGGACAGCGGGGAAGAAGAUUACAGUGGUCGGGAAGAAGACGACGGAGAUGAUGAAGAGGGUGACAAAAUUAAACAGGCCUUGGAAUAG